AUGGCCAAGAUUAGAAGAUUCUGCCACAUUCUGUUAAGGUUCUUGGCCUUCGGGGCAACCCUUUCUGCAGUCAUUGUCAUGGUUACUAGCCAUGAGAGAACUAGCUUUUUAACAUUAUCCUUUGAAGCAAAAUACACUGACUCCCCUGCCUUCAAGUACUUUGUGGUUGCUAACUCUGUUGUCACCGUCUAUGGAUUUUUUGUCCUCCUUCUUCCUGAAGAAAGCUUGCUCUGGCGACUAGUCGUCGCCAUGGAUCUGGUAUUCACCAUGUUACUCAUCUCAAGCAUCUCUGCAGCUUUGGCAAUAGCUCAAGUGGCGAAGAAAGGAAACACCGCUGCAGUUUGGUUACCAAUUUGUGAUUCAGUCCCCAAAUUUUGCAAUCAAAUGCUGGGAGCUUUAGUGGCUGGUUUCGGAGCAGUUAUUAUAUACAUGAUUCUUCUCUUGCAUUCUAUUCACACUGUUCUAGAUCCUCUCCUCUUGAGAAAAACUUGA